AGAAUCGGAUCUUUUUUGAAUCUCGUUCUGAUUCAUCUAAAAGUAACGUUCGCCCAUGUCACUGCACUGUGGCGCUGUUUGGAUUUGUGUUGUAAUUAAAUAAAAAUAAAAACACCAUCAUGUCAGAAGAAAUCGAAGAAUUAAAAACUGUUGAGACGACAGAGGAGCAAAAGGAAGUAGAGAGUGAGGUGAUUUGUCCAGAGAGAGUGGAAGAAGCCAAACUGAAGGCCAGAUAUCCGAACCUGCCGGCCAAAGCGGGAGGCUCCGACCUGCUCCGGAAACGACUGCAGAAAGGGCAAAAGUACUUCGACUCGGGCGACUACAACAUGGCGAAGGCGAAGAUCAAGAACAAGCAGCUCCCCUCGGCGCAGCCGGAGAAGGCGGAAAUCACCGGCGAUCACAUUCCCACUCCUCAGGAUCUGCCGCAGAGGAAAACCUCGCUGGUGGCCAGCAAGCUGGCGGGCUGAUCAUCUCCUCCACUUCUCCACCAACAGCUCGCUCUCCUCCCUCAUGUUUCCCUCACUAACACACCACCCCUUGGGUUUUUUUUUUUUUCUUUUCUGUUCAUCUUUUACACUCACUUUUUACCUCCGAUGUAUAAUAUACACUGAAAAUAGAGGCGUCCAGGUGCCAGCGUUGGAUUAUGGGUAGUGAGGGAUGUAUUAAAAAAAGUGUAUGAAGAUUUCUAUAUGUGCUGUAGGAGUAGUAAACAGAACGUGUACAUAUUUGCUUGUGAGGAACAAGGCAGCAAGUUUUUAGAAAGGUUUUAUGUUCUAAUCGCGCCAUUCCUGAAGAUUACGCAUUCCCGCAGUAGUGCGCUUGAAUGAUUCACGAUUGAAUAUGACCUCUAAUAACGAUAAUGUUCUUGAGCUGUUUCCCUGUUAACGUUUGAGCUUUACGCACCUGAUCGGACCACACUGCUGACGCUAGUCACGUUAGACGCACGUGGCUGCCGUUGACUCGUUGCCUCUGACCCAAAAGAAAGGCUUUAAUCAUGUAAGCAGCAAUCGUGAACCUGAAGGCUAACGUGAUGCUAACUUUCGCUCCAUGAGCUUCUCACUGAGGGUCUUCUCGUCAGGGUUUUGAAAUGAAACACUACAACAUCUGGGCAUGUGUGUGUCCACUGCAGUCACUUAUGUGCCAUUCGAUUUGUAAAUAAAAUAGUUUUGCAAA